CCGCGCCGCCGCAGCCGUUAGCCCACGUGACGGCGAGCAGCUGGCGCGCGGCAGCGGCGCGGCCGGCCCGACCUCCCCCUUGCAGGGCGGAAAGGAUUAUGGCACAGGCUCAAGGUUUGGGGAAGAGAUAUAUGAAAGCCUUUUUGAAAGGUUUCUUUGUUGCUGUUCCAGUAACAGUGACUUUCCUGGACAGAGUUGCCUGCGUAGCAAGGGUGGAAGGAGCAUCAAUGCAGCCUUCUUUGAAUCCUGGGGGAAGACAAGCAUCUGAUGUAGUGCUCUUAAACCACUGGAGCAUUCGAAAUUAUGAUGUACAACGUGGGGACAUUGUAUCAUUGGUAUCUCCUAGGAACCCUGAACAGAAGAUCAUUAAACGAGUGAUUGCUCUUGAAGGAGACAUUAUCAAAACAAUUGGAUACAAAAAGAAGUAUGUGAAAGUUCCACGUGGGCAUAUUUGGGUGGAAGGUGAUCACCAUGGACACAGCUUUGACAGCAAUGCUUUUGGCCCACUAUGCAGUGCUGACUGCGUGGAACUGUUCAUACAGAAGAUAUCAAGCAAACAGAUGAGCACAACCUUUAAGGUUUCUCUUGGACUUCUCCAUGCUCGAGCUACUCAUAUCCUCUGGCCUCCACAACGCUGGCAGAAGUUAUAUCCAGUGCUACCUCCAGAACGCAAACCACUCCAGAGAGAGCAGGAGUGAUCGAGAUAUUCAGAUAGAAAAAUACUGAAGGGAAGUUUAACGUUGAAGAGUUGCAGUGGUUUACCACCACCUGUAAGAGCUUUGCCAAGUGUCCCAUAACGUCGCGUACCAUAUCAGCAAAUACAUGCGACAUCUUCAUGUAAAAAUGCCACUUUAACUGUAAAGGUAUUUCUAGUUUUCUUGUUUGUUUUGUUGUUUGGUGUUUUUUUAAGAUGCCAAACAAUAGUACAUAUUGUGUUAUUUUGGUUUGAAGUAAUUGGUUGUAGCAGGUUUGAAUGUGUUUUAUUUUUUUUUCUGGGAGCAGUAAACUGCUUGACUUUUUAUGUCUAUACCUGUGCUUCUCUGGAUAAGAAAUUAUUACCACCUUCAAUAAAAUAUUUUAAUCUUUUA